CCCGAACUCAGUUCUGCAGUCUCAGCCUUGGGAAAGUGAGCCCAGCACCUGAGAGCCAAGAUGCCGGCCCACUUGCUGCAGGAGAAGGUGAGCUCCCAAGCGAUGGCCCCGCACCCUGGCUGGGAGAGAGCCUCCAGCGGACUGGUCUCUGGCUCCUACACCCCCACCACCACCGUCACCACACCCCACUCCAGGCUCCUGCAGAGUGGAGAGGGCAAGUUGGAGAAGACGCCCCUACCGGCGGAAGAAGACAUCCGCCCUGAAAUGAAAGAUGACAUCUACGACCCCAGCUACCAGGACGAGGAGGGCCCCAGGCCCAAGCUGGAGUUCGUCUGGAGGAACAUCAUCCUCAUGGCUCUGCUGCACGUGGGAGCCCUGUACGGGAUCACCCUGGUUCCCACCUGCAAGUUCCGCACCUGGCUCUGGGCAUUUAGCUACUAUGUGAUUAGUGUUGUGGGCAUCACAGCAGGAGCGCAUCGCCUGUGGAGCCACCGGUCUUACAAAGCUCGGCUGCCCCUGCGCUUCUUCCUCAUCAUUGCCAACACCAUGGCCUUCCAGAACGAUGUGUUUGAAUGGGCCCGAGACCACCGUGCCCACCACAAGUUCUCAGAAACCGACGCGGAUCCUCACAAUUCCCGCCGUGGCUUUUUCUUCUCGCACGUGGGCUGGCUGCUUGUGCGCAAACACCCUGCAGUCAAGCAGAAGGGCGCUCUGCUGGACUUGUCAGACCUCAAAGCCGAGAAACUGGUGAUGUUCCAGAGGCGGUACUACAAACCCGCCGUCCUGCUGAUGUGCUUCAUCCUGCCCACGCUCGUGCCCUGGUAUUUCUGGGGUGAAACUUUUCGACACAGCUUGUACGUGGCCACUCUUCUGCGUUAUGCUGUAGUGCUCAAUGCCACCUGGCUGAUAAAUAGUGUUGCCCACAUGUAUGGAUAUCGCCCAUAUGACAAGAACAUUGAUCCCCGAGAGAAUGUACUGGUUUCUCUGGGAGCUGUGGGUGAGGGCUUCCACAACUACCACCACUCCUUUCCCUACGACUACUCUGCCAGUGAGUAUCGCUGGCACGUCAACUUCACCACAUUCUUCAUCGACUGCAUGGCUGCCCUGGGGCUGGCUUAUGACCGGAAGAGAGCAUCCAAGGCCACCAUCUUGGCCAGGAUGAAAAGGACUGGAGAUGGAAGCCACAAGAGUGGCUGAAUUUUCAUUUCCUCAGCUUUGUUUUCCAAAAGCCAACUUGGCAGAGUUUUGAUGACCUGUUUAUUAAUUACUGGAUAAUGCUCCCAGGAUCCUUAAGAUGAUGACCUUAACAUAUUCCAGUACAAUAUUCUUUCAAAAUGCAAAAGUUUUAAAAGACGACAACUACACCAUUUUUAUGCUAAGCUUAUACUCUUAUGUCUCAUCUUCUCUCUCUUCUAUUUACAUUAUUCUUUACUUUGUUCCUGUCACCUUCCUUUCUCUUCUCCCUAAUUGCUUCCCAGGAAGCAAAUGGUCAGUCACUGGUUGGUGUCCACCUUUCAAAGUCUACAACCUUUCCAGAGUCUAAAUGUAAUGGUCUUUGCCCAAGUUCCUAAUUUACUUGAGCUGUCUCAGCUUAUAUACAGGCAGCUAGAGCUAAAGAUACAACAAAAUCUCCUGCAAAUUCCCAUGUUAAUUAUCUUCAGUUGGGCUUUGCUAGAUGGAAUCAAAAAAUAAUGUUGUUGGACAGGAAUUUCUGAUUCAGGUAAAUUUUCACCAGAGAAGUUAGCUCUCAUGGCAUGAGUGUAAGUAAGGAUGGAGUCGGGUGGGAAACCAGGCAACAGGAAGGUUGUGCUAUGAUGAGACUCAUAGAUACCUAAUUAGGGAGGGCUGAGGACCCUUCCACACAACAUAGGACCUCUCCCUGUUGACUCUGAGUGGAGAGUGGCCAUGAAGACUGGUUGUUCCCUUAUCCAAGAUGGCUACAGUCUUUAGAAAAAUUUAAAAUUUAGUAGGCACAGUGGAGUGAAGCAUAAAGAGAAAUGUAUAUAUUUUUGCCUAGAACACGGAAUUAUUUUUUAAGGGUAUUUUUCUCUGAAAGGAAUGUUGGAAUAACCAUAAAGCGGGAAGAAUUUGGUGGGUUGUCUGUGCUUCCUCCACCCCUGCCUCGCUUCUGGGCAUGAGAUGGAGAAGUUGAUGAUCAGGGUCUACAAGCAGCUCCUAAGACAACUUUCCAAAGGAAGGUUUCUGAAAUCACAUGGCCAGGGAUCAGGAGAUUACUAUAAGUGAGUUAUUGGAUGUUGUGAUGAAAUAAGUUCAAUGGUAGAUCCAUUCAUUAGUAUCAAUUUCUCUUUGGAAUGAGUAAAAACUAGAAGGCUGUUUUUCAUUGUAUUGGACACCUUCACUCAUUCUUUACUCUGUUAAUCCCUAACCUAAACUAUAGCCCUUGCUAGGGAAUGAGGUAGGAAUCUAUUACCCAUGCCAAUUCUUGAUUCCAGGCUCUUGUCCAUCCUGUUUUCCCUACUACUUCUGUCUCUUCCUUGACAUCAUCUCUGUGGCCAGGCAGCCUCCUUGCGUGUGUUCAGAGGCAGUGACAACUGCUGUCCAGGCAACUCCUCCUGCAGACACAAUGCUUAGGGACCCCGGACCUCUGUUUCUCUUUAGCAAGAACAGCUGCUCCACUUUUCUGUGCCUCUAGAGGCCUUGUACCUCCUCUCUCUGCCACACUGAUGGCUCUGGACAAGGCUGGCAAAGCCUCCCAGAACUAUCCCUGGCUCUGAGAGGCUCGCUCUCAAGAUACACAGCCAAGCCAAAUGCUCAGGCUGUUCCAAUGAACCUGCCAUGAAGCCAAGGAGGGUUUGUGUCUGGUCAGAGCAGAGAGCACGUUGAGUGCCCCCUGUUUGCUCAGUCAGGUGGUCCCACUGAGCAGGGCUCCCAGCUGACAGAGCAAUGCUUGUAGAAGGAGGAGGAUGCCUAGUCCUUGCUAGGAAGCACAAGCAGCAAGGCCCAGUUCCCAAGUGCCUCAUUUUCAAGGGAGACCCUGAUCCUGGAGCAGGCUAUGCUGCACAGCUUUGGCUGACACAUGGGGGCAGAGAUGCCAUGAACUUUGUGGUGGAAUCCAGUCCCUGUUCAGCAAAUUAACCAGUAUUCCCUAUGACCCAGCCUAGGGCAGACAAUAGUAUAGAAGAGUCUGGACAAAAACACAACCUUAGUGUUUGAGAUCCUUGGACUCCUGUCCUAGUCCCUUGGUCAUCAAUGCAGAAGCUAGGCUUUGCUCUAUUAAGAUUGAAAGUGUACCACACCACAUGCUGUGUCCACUGUUAAGCCCCAUGGUGGGGGGAGGAGAGCCUUUCUUCUUGGAUUAAUUUGAUGGAGGCUACAGGGAACAGCCUGGAUGAGGGGCAUCCUGGUCUUCAGAGGUGUUCACCUCAGAAGAGAAUCCAAUGGAAGAUCUCUGUCAUUUGCUGACCUGUGUGCCUAAUCCCGGAAAAAGUCAAUGGGGUAGUUUAAUUCUCCAGGUUAUCAGAUGCCUGCUUUAUAAUAUUAUAGUACAUCAGAAAGUUCAUGGAAAAUGAAUAUUAGGGAAAAUUAUGCAUGGAUAUCAAUUUUUUGCACCAAAAUAAAGUUACCCUUUUAUUCCA